GAAAAUAAUUUGUUAAUUAUAUAACUGAGCAAGGAUCAAUUAAAGUAUUCUAUGUCUACAGAUUUUCUUUCUACGUGGGUAUGAACGGUGCAGGAUGUACCGUCUGUGGUCAUAGCAUGAUUGCUACACGAUAUAUUUUCGAUGUUUCGAGAAAAUGCGAUACAUUUGCAAAUGAUAAAGGGUAGCCUACCGAUACGAUUUAAUAACGAUAAAAUGGCAGAACUGUACAUUACUUUACUAAUAGUUAGCACCGAAAUAUUCUUGUGCACUAUGCUCAAUUAUAACGAUUGUCGAUUAUUAUGGUUGAAUUCCUAACGGUGUAAAUGUCAAAAUCUUAAAAUACCGAAUAGUUAAAGUUUAAGUAUAAUCGUAAAGGGGUAUGAAUAACUAUACGCAAAAUAAAAGGGAGUAUUUGAUAGUGAGUAGACGAGAUUUUUCUAAAUGGAUAAAAAAUGACCGUUUCUUAUCAAUACGAAGUUGCCAGCUCCACGAGCGGUGGAUUUACCAGACUUUUGCUUAUGUGGAGGGGUUCCCUCUACAAACUAAUUUACAGAGAACUUCUACUCUUUUUGAUUAUGUUUGCAUCGCUAUCGGCUAUUUAUCGUUAUGCAUUGAUCGAUGCACAAAAAAGGGAAUUUGAGAAAUUAGUAAUUUAUUGUGACACAUUCAUCAAUCUGAUUCCACUUAGUUUCGUACUAGGAUUUUACGUGUCUCACGUAGCUGACAGAUGGUGGAAACAAUACAACGCGAUACCUUGGCCGGAUAAGGUUAUGCAUCUAGUUGCGCUUUACGUUAGCGGAGAUGAUGAAUAUGGUCGAAUGUUGCGGAGAAGUCUCAUGAGAUAUUUAAAUCUUUCUCUCAUACUUGUAUUACGUUCCAUUAGUUCGGCUGUUAAAAGACGCUUUCCAACUCUCGAUCACGUGGUAGAUUCCGGUUUCAUGACUUCCUUGGAAUUGGAUUUAUUUCAAUCGGUACCAAGUCUCGAAUUCAAUACUUACUGGAUUCCGUGUACGUGGUUUAUUAACCUGUUGAAGGAAGCACGUCGAAAUCAUCGAUUGCCCGAUCCCCAAGGUUUAAAACUUAUUAUGGAGGAAUUCAAUGAUUUUCGUUCGAAAUGUGGACUCUUAUGGAGUUACGACUGGGUUUCCAUUCCUUUGGUUUACACGCAAGUUGUGACACUUGCAACGUACAGUUUCUUUGCCGUUGCACUUGUCGGUCGUCAACACAUUGAGGGAAAUGAAAAACAGUUUCAAUUAAAAAUCGACAAGUAUUGUCCUAUAUUUACGAUACUGCAAUUUUUUUUCUUCAUGGGUUUAUUAAAGGUAGCUGAACAAUUGAUUAAUCCAUUCGGCGACGAUGACGAGGAUUUCGAAUUGAAUUGGCUUAUCGAUCGUCAUGUCAAGGUGUCAUAUUUGGGAGUAGACACUUUAAUGAAUCGGUGUCCGCCUCUGGUAAAAGACAUGUACUUUGAUGCGGAAAAUCUUAUUUUACCAUACACCGAAGCAGCAGCAGCGUACAAGAGGAAGACCUAUCGUGGCAGCGUAGCAGAUAUGCCGGUGCCAGAAGAAAAGCAAACAAUGUUCUUACCAGGAAUAGUAGAAGAAGAUGAAGAACAUAGAGGCACACCACGUACGUCCAGCGCUAGUUUAGCGAUACGCACUGAUAGUCCAAUGACUGAAAAGCGCCAGAUCAGCGGGUCCCCUCAAACAACUCCACCGAUGGAUCGUAAUGAUAGUGAAACGGUUCUUCAGUUAGAUAAUCAAGAACAACAAGGGGAAAUUGAGCAAGGUGAGCCACAACGUCGGCGUUUGACCGGUGCUAUAAAAAAAUUUUCAACAAUGGCUAGGCAUGGAACUCCUCGAAUCGACUCGAAUCGAAAGCCUUUCUUUCCAUUAACAAAGGCUUCGAAGAUAUGGUUGCAACCUUGGCCGAGUGCCACUAAUUUAUCACGAACAAAUCGUUCUCGUGAGACCGAUACACCCGCGGUAUUUACUGCACCGCAAAUAUUAUGCGUUCCACCGAUUUCGGAUGUUUCAUUAAGCACUGAUGAAUCUAAGGAUGAAGAAAAUCGUAAAGGAUUUUCCAAUAAUGCUUUUUUCCACGAGAAUGUUGAUGAUCGGUAUAUCGAGGACCAAGACGAUGAUACCGCGGAAAAUGUAAAAGACGUUGAUCGAUUCGAACGUCUUGUUUCAACGGAUACUGCAGAAUCUUCGGAUGCACAAAUAGAAGAAAUAGACCUACCAAAUUUCAGAGAAACCAUUGAAAGUUAUCCUAAGCAUCUUCUUCAAAGACAUUCUUCAAGCGGGUCCAGUGACAAGAAGGGUGUUCACUGGAAAGUGGACGAAAGAAGACCUUCGUUGUUGGCUCGUCGGAAAACCGUCCAUAAUGUGCCAACUUCUCUGCAGAUCAUUAUACCUCAAGCAAGGAGUUCACCGAACUUAACUAAUAUAGAAGUUGAAGUAAAACAGCCGGAUAAACUCGAUCCUUCUGAUGGAUCUGAACAAGAUUCCAAACUUUAAACAAUUACAUAUAUUACAAUUCUAUCUUGACCGGUUGUUUUUAUUUCCAUAAUUAUAUAUCUUCUGCGCUAUUUCAUUACUGAUUUAAAAUAAGCUGAGCAUUAAUAUUAA